CCACGAUUGCUUUUCAAUGGAUCAUGGUUCUCUGAAAUCUUAUCGUUAUUUCCCUCCAAAAAUGAGUGCACUUGUAAUCGCAGUAAAACGCCCUGCUAUCUUCUCUCUCUAACCUCAACUACACAGCUUCUCCUUCAUCAACGGAGGUCUAUCACUUCUGCAAUACCUUCACGAAAACCCUAAUUUUCCCCUUUAAAAAGCCCUGCACUUGACAGUUCCUCUCUCUACAAUCCAUUAUUUCUGAAAACCCUUAGUUAAUGGUUGUCUCUCUCAAUAACACCUUCUACAAGGCCGUAAUUUUCUUUUUUGAUAAUGUUAACUCUGACAAGGCCCUAAUUUUCUCUGCAAAAAACCUGUACUCGAGAGUUUCUCCAUCUGCAAUCGACUCUUCAAAACCCUAAAUUAAUGGAUGUCUCUCACCUCCAUAACACCCAGUACAAGACCUUGAUUUUCCCUGUAAAAACCCCUGUAUUUCACAGUCUCUCUAUCUACGGCCCAGUCUUUGUUAGAACCCUAAAUUAAUGGAUGUCUCUCACCUCCAUAACGCCUUCUAUAAUACCAUAACUUUCCCUGUAAAAACGCCUGUAUUUCAUAGUUUCUCCCUCUGCAAUCCACUUCUCCUCAAAACCAUAAGAGCAUCCAACCCUCCAUUAAACCCUAAUGCGACUGGGGUUCCAGUGGAUCUCCAAUCUGAAACACUAAGAGCCCUAGAAUGGAAAUCCGUUUGCUUACAGCUCUCAGCUUUCACCUCCACAACCAUGGCUAUGAACCUUUCAAUAAAUGGUAACGUCCCUUCAGGGCAAAACCAGGAAGAGAGUGAGAAGCUCUUGGAUCAAACGUCUGCAUCAGUUGAGCUUCCAAAUCCACUAGACUUCUCUAACAUUCAAGACCUAACUGAGAUUCUGAACACUUCCAUUUCAGGAAAGUUAUGCACAAUUCAAGAGUUAUGCACAGUGAGCCAAACUCUUCGAUCUGCGAAGAGGGUCUUGAAUCAGUUAAUGGAAAUUUCAUCAGAUGGGUCUUUGAAAAGGUACUCACCUUUGCUUGAUAUCCUCCAUGGAACUGAUUUUCUACCCGGAAUCGAGGGAAAAAUUGGGUUUUGCUUGGAGUGUAACCUCUCUGUAAUUCUGGAUAGAGCUAGCACUAAUUUAGAGAAAAUUAGGUUCGCGAGGAAGAAGAACAUGGAAAACCUGGAAAAUCUAUUGAAACAAAUCUCAAUCAGGGUUUCUCAGGCAGGAGGCAUCGAUACACCAUUAGUAACCAGGCGUCGAGCUAGAAUGUGCGUUGGCAUUAGGGCAACACAUAGGUCUUUGUUGCCUGGGGCCAUAAUUCUUGAUACCAGUGGCUCUGGUGCUACUUAUUUUGUGGAACCAAAAGAAGCAAUUGAGCUCAAUAACAUGGAGGUUAGUCUCUCUGGUUCCGAGAAAGCUGAAGAGCUCUCUAUAUUGGGUAUCCUUACCUCUGAGAUAGCAGCUGCUAAAUCUAGAAUUGGAAUUUUGAUGGACAGGAUAAUGGAACUGGAUCUAGCCUCAGCUAGAGGUUCUUAUGCUCGGUCUCUAAAUGGGGUUCGCCCCAUUUUUAGCAGAAAUCUCCCCAAGUUUAUCAGAGUUCAUGGGAAUGAAGGAAUAGAAACCUUUAAAAAGCAGAAUUUGACUGCCAAUACACCUGAAGAAAGGGAUUUAGCUGUGGAUAUAGAAGGUAUCAGGCACCCCUUGCUUCUCAAGUCUAAAGAUAACAAUGAAGAAUUCGAGGUAGUGCCAGUAGAUAUAAAGGUCAAGAAGAGAACAAGGGUGGUGGUGAUAUCGGGGCCAAAUACUGGAGGGAAAACUGCAACCAUGAAGACUUUGGGAUUGGCUUCUUUGAUGUCAAAGGCUGGUAUGUUCUUGCCUGCCAAAAAUAGGGCAAAGCUUCCAUGGUUCGAUUGUGUUUUGGCAGACAUUGGUGAUCAUCAGUCACUAGAGCACAAUCUCUCCACUUUCAGCGGACACAUUUCACGUCUCUGUAAGAUAUUGGAAGUGGCCUCAAAUGAAUCCUUGGUUCUCAUCGAUGAGAUUGGGAAUGGGACUGACCCCUCAGAAGGCGUGGUCCUCUCUACAAGCAUUCUACAACAUCUUGCUGGCUUGACUAACUUGACUGUGGUGACUACCCAUUUUGAAGAUUUGAGCAUUUUGAAAGAUGGUGAUAUUCGUUUUGAGAAUGCUGCUAUGGAAUUCGACCUUAAAACUUUGCAGCCGACCUAUCGCAUAAUGUGGGGCAGUAAGGGAAAUUCCAAUGCUUUAAGUAUCGCUAAAUCUCUAGGUCUAGACCAGGCAGUAUUGGACCGUGCACAUGCAUGGGUGGAGAAACUGAUGCCUGAGAAACAAAGGAAGCGAAAAGGUUUGCUUUACCAAUCCCUAAUGGAGCAGAGAGAAAGGCUGGAGGCUCAAGCAAGGAAAGCCACUUUCCUUAGUUUACAAAUCAAAAAGCUAUAUCAUGAGAUCCUCCAAGAGGCUGAAGAUCUUGACAAGCGUGAGGCAUCAUUAAAAUCAAUGGAAGUGAAAAAGGUCCAGAAUGAAAUUAAAAUGGCAGCUUUGGAGAUGGAUGGAAUAAUCAUGGAAGUCGAGAAAAAACUGAGUAACUCAAGUUUGGAUCGCUUUAAUUCACUUCACAGGGAGUCUGAAGCUGCCAUUGCUUCUGUUGUGGAAAAGCACUGUGCUAGAGACAAAUCUUUGUUGGAAACUGAACCAGAUCAUAGUAAUUCCUACAUUCCUCAAAUAGGGGAUCAUGUGCGUAUAAAGGGGUUGGGGGAGAAGUUGGCUGUUGUUGUUGAAGCACCUUUAGAUGAUGGAAGCAUGCUGAUCCAAUAUGGGAAAAUGAGGAUGCGUGUUAAGAGAGAUGACAUCAAGGUGAUUUCAGGGAGCAAACAGAAUGCUAAAGCUGCUUCUGCCUCAGGUCUACGAAGUCAGGUGAUAAGGAAGAACAUGAAAGAAUCGUCUACCAAACCGGACAAGGAUGGGGAGGUCCCAUUCGGCCCAGCAGUGAGGACUUCAAAGAACACUGUGGAUUUACGUGGCCUUCGAGUUGAGGAAGCCUCUCAUCAUCUCAACAUUGCAUUAUCAACAACCAGUUCCUAUGGGGUUCUCUUCAUUGUUCAUGGAAUUGGUACUGGGGUACUCAAGGAGACUGUUCUUAACAUAUUGAGAAAGCACCCACGUGUUGUUAAAUUUGAACAGGAAAGCCCAAUGAAUUAUGGAUGUACUAUCGCAUAUAUUAAAUAACAUAUUUAAUUUAACUUUA